AUGCGAUUUGUAGAAUCAUUCAGUUUUGACAAGCCGCGAGAGUCUGUCGAGAUCCUAUUGAAACGACUACGAAAGGGCAAAGCUAUCGAGGAGGAAGUUGCUGAUUACUUUCGUGAAAGAGCGCAAAUUGAAGAAAGAUAUGCAAAUGAAUUGAAAAUGCUGUCUAGAAAGCAGCCUGCUACAGACAAGGAACAUUUUGGUACAUUUGCUCCGGUGUGGGGACAGGUGCUUUUGGCCACUGCUGAAGUGGCUACUCUUCACUCGUCACUCGCACAAUAUCUAUCAGACAAACUGGACAAGCCAUUACGCACUCGAGCUGAUAUAGAUCCUGACUGGGCAAAACUCAGGACGUAUGAAACUGAUUUUGUCAAGAGGACGAGAGAGUACGAAGAAAAAGUUCUAAAGGCUGCCAAGUUGGGUGGCAAGAAACAACCUAGUGGAACUGGGUUUAUCGCGAAUCGUGCUGAAAAACGUUUGAAUGAAGCCACUGUUACUGCAGAACAAGCCAAAAUACAGUGGAAUAAUGAGGCUGUCCAAAUGUUUGAGAGAUUCCAACGUAUGGAAGAGAAUCGUCUGGGAUUCCUAAAGGUCAUAUUGACAGACUAUGCCACCUUUGAUGCCCAAAAUGCACAAGCUCGUUCGCUUGUGCCAGACAAGACUUUGGCCAUGGCCGUUAGUUUUGACGUUGAUCAAGAAAUCGACCAAUUCUGCAUUAGCAAGAACAAUAUCAACAGGAAUGGCUCAUUGCCAAAUAUAUCAGCAAAUGGUGGUAAUUCAAGAUCUGGAUCAUUCUCGAGGCAAUCGGUUGUGAAUGGAUCAGCUCCUGCAAUGACUAUGCAAAUGACUGGAAGCUCUGAGAUGGCACCCGCUGACUCGCCGACAGCUCAAGUGGAUAGUGAAGGCUUUACGAUACGACCUCAAUCAACUGGGAACAAUCCAUGGGCUGACUCAUCAUCUCAUAGUGCAGGUGAUGAGGAUGAUACUGCCAGCAUCAGCUCUCAACCACGAUUCAACUUUAAUAUCAAAAAGGAAGCUAUUGUGGAAGAACCAGAUGUAGCUUUCAAUACUAUGCGAGCUAUGGCUGUCAAUCUACGAAGCAAUACCUUAGCGAAUAGAGGGACUACCAGAAGACCAGAUGAUCGACCAACAUCUUUCAUCGGAUUUGCAUCAGCUGAACCAACGCCAUUGGACGAGUUAUUUGGGUCUGCCAUACAGGAACCAGAAGCCUCUCCACCAGUUCCGCCACUUAAAGUUACCAUAUCCGAAACGAUAAACGCACUUCUGAGAAACGGUUCAGUAGAUAGGCUACUUUUAGUAGGAGAUAUCACUAUACAGUUACCACCCACCCUUCCGCCACCACGAGGCACCGUGCUGUUAAGGCUUCGUAACGCAACAUCUUUAGAAAAGGCAGUACCCAAUCCAACAUAUAUCCGACCCAUUGACAGCAGCCCCGGUGAUUAUGUGCUAUCGCUGGAUGCUCUGACAGCGGCUGGAGGGAAGGAUGUACCCAUUAUAAAGUACCAAGUCAAAGCAAACGCAUGGGGUGGUGAUGGUCUGAUACCUUUCAUUGUAACUCCGUUCUGGAAGAUUGAACCGGGCUCGACGAGUCUAGUACUAGCAUACCAUCAUAGUAACAAGGGUGGUGCAGCUGGUAUUACACUACGAGAUGUACAAGUGGUGGUGAAUGUUGAGGGUCCAUCUACACUAGUAUUUGGAGCCGUGUCGACAAAACCACCAGGUAUUUUCAGCUCGGAUAGAAAGGCACUGUUAUGGAAGUUGGGAGAUGUUGCUGCACCUCUUACAGAAGGAGAAGAACCGAGUAAACUAGUUGCCAAGUUUGAUACUCCGGAUGGUACGUCAACUGGUGGAUCUAUUGCAAUUAAAUUCACAGGAUCUGGGAGCAUCCUGUCGGAUAUUGGUCUUGAGUUUAUACCAGAGCCUGGACAGACUGAAUCACGAGCGACCUUGUCAGAUGUGGAAAAGAAGAUCACAUCAGGCAAGUAUGGAGCAACGUCAUAG